AUGAAACUAAUCGUUGUGGGCGGCUCCGGCUACCUAGGCGCCCGCGUCGUGCGCCAGGCGCUGCUGCGAGGCCACUCCGUCACCUCCAUCUCGCGCUCUGGCGGCCCGCCCGCUGGCGUCACUCCCGCGGCCGAGUUGGAGGGCGCCGAGUGGGUCGCAGGCGACGCCACCGUCCCAGAGGUGCAGGCGCGGGUCGGAGACGCCGACGGCGUGAUAACAACCCUCGGCUCCGCAGAGCCGAAGUGA